CUGUACAGCAACUGGAAACGGUAACUAACCGCUUCUUGGUGUAAACAAACAAGAGCACGCAUCGCGGGAGCAGUGCUUACUAAUAUAACUUCUCUGCUACAGUACUUGUAAUUGUUCAACUGCCAUAUGACAAUCUCGUGAUGACGGAGCGACGGGACAGAGGUCGUAGAGGACGUAGAAGAGGCUAUGGCCCCACGGGAUUUGAAGAAGCUGGUGGUUAUAUGGCAGCCAAAAUAGCUAAAUUGGAGGACCAGUACAAGACAUCAGUCAAAGAAAGGAGUCAAGGAAUAUUUAAUGCCAUAGCAAUAUUUGUGAAUGGAUAUACAGAACCUUCAUCUGAGGAGUUGAAGCGUAUCAUGAUGACCAAUGGCGGCACUUAUCACCACUACUUCUCUCGCAGCAAGACCACCCACAUCAUUGCCAACAACUUACCAGAUACUAAAAUCAAGAAUUUGAACACAAAUAAGAUUGUUAGUCCAAAAUGGAUUACAGAGUCAUUGGAAGCUGGUCACCUGCUGGAUUACACUAAGUAUAUUCUUUACACUAACCAAUCCAGAAGUCAACCCAAGCUACCUUUCAAACCAAUAUCCACAUCUGAAGAAAAUAGUGACACCAGCACUGGAAAGUCCUCCAUAGUACACAGCAAAGAACAUCCCCCACUUGUACCUGAUACAGAGGAUCACCAAGAAACCAGCACUGGUUCACCAACUUUUGACACAUCCUUAAGCUUAAAAGAGACAAAGUUACCUACAGAAGUUCAAAGUAUAAAUGAUAUUGAAAUAAAGUUAGAUGGGCCCACAGGUACUUCUGACUUAACCUCUGUACACAAUUAUAGUCCUAUGAAGACUCACUCUAUGAGCACUGCUAACUCAGGGUUUCUCUCUGAAUUCUACAAUAACUCAAGACUUCAUCACAUCUCAACAAUGGGGGCCAUGUUUAAACAGUAUGUAAAUGAACUUCAGAGUAAAAAUAUGGAUUUUCCUGGUCGAAAAGAUCUAUUGAAAUGGUUGAAAACUAAAAAUGGACUAAUGAGUUCAUCUGAGGGAAGUUUAGCUGGAGAUUCUGCAUUAAAAACUUCACUUGUUAGUAUUUCAAAGAAAAAAGGAAAGAGAAUUGUGAUGCAUAUUGAUAUGGACUGUUUUUUUGUGUCCGUUGGUCUACGUAAACAUCCAGAGUUGUGGGGUAAACCUGUAGCCGUUACACAUGCACGAGGUAACCCCAGAUCUCAGGUGCGAGAGGGGAUGGAUCGACAGUAUGAAUUGAACUAUUAUAAAGACCGAGCUGAGAAACGACUUCAAGCAAAAAUGCGACCAACAAAUGCUUCCAGAUUGACAAAUGCUAAUCCAGAAAUUGAUGUUUUUGAGGAAAAUUAUACAAUUGAGGCGAGUAAACCACCAGACUUCACAGUAGUCCCAGCAUCUACUAAAAAGUUUUCAACAGUAUCACUAAUUGAUGAAACAAGCUCAAUGUCAGAAAUUGCAUCAUGUAGCUAUGAAGCACGGAAAGCUGGUGUGAAGAAUGGCAUGUUUCUUGGGCCAGCACUGAAACUGUGUCCUGAUCUACAAACAAUACCUUAUGACUUUGAGGGAUACAAAGAAGUUUCCUACAAACUGUACGACAUUGUUGCCAGUUUGACGCAUGAUAUAGAGGCUGUGAGCUGUGAUGAAAUGUUUGUUGACUUGACAGAGCUCCUUCAUACCUGCCAGGUGACUCCUGAGGACUUUGCCACUUUUCUUCGAGAGAAAGUACAGGAAGCAACAAGCUGUCCAUGCUCAGCUGGCCUUGGGCCCAACAUGCUGGUGGCUCGCAUGGCCACCCGUCUGGCCAAACCUAAUGGCCAGCACGUCGCUAAUCCUGAUAAUCUACUUCAUUAUAUGAAGAAUCAGAACGUCACUGGGCUUCCAGGUGUUGGCUGGUCCCUUGGAAAACGCUUGCAGUGUGAAGGGAUACACUCUUGUGGUGACCUGCAGACAAGAUCUCUCAGACAGUUGCAGGCAGCUUUUGGGGCAAGAACAGGACAGUCUCUUUAUUACUACUGUCGAGGAAUAGAUGAACGACCAGUGAAGAGUGAACAUGUGGAUGCUCCCAUAGAGACUGCCAAGUUCAUGGGUCAUGGCGUUUGUGAUAAUGUUGCCAAGUCUGUUUCCCUGGCCUUGGCAACUUCUUCAGCAUCAGUAAUAGAAAGAGAAGUAUUAUCUUUGCUCCGCCAAAUCAAAGUUCAACCACAGGACUUCAGGGGAGUUGGGAUCCAAGUUUCACGUCUGGAAGGACAUCAAGGAACAUCAGGUGGCUCUGAAUCGGGCCGUGGAUUGUCUAUAAAAAGCUUUUUAUUAGCAGCCAAGAUUAACACCAAGAAGAGAUCAGGUAACUCUAAACCCAGUCCGUUGAAGUCAACAGAAAUGGGUAAUUUUUCCUUUCAAGAGGAUCAUAAGGUAGGUCUACCCACUACAAGUUCCAAAUUACAGCUUGAACCAGACUACAAAAGCCAUCCAGGAACACCUCAGGCACAAGGCUCUAGGACAGGACAUCGUGCAGCAAUCUAUGAUGAAAAAUUGCCUUUAACAAGCAAAAGUGCAUCAGCUGGGAAAGGCAGCAUUGACCCAGAAGUUCUCAUGGCUCUUCCUGAGGAUAUUAGAGAUGAAGUGGUUGCUGAGUAUGUUCAGCAGGGCUUCACCAUCCCAAAUCUGAGUGAUAGCACUGGUAGUGAUGCUGUGGUGGUGAAUGAUGAACGAAAGCCAAGCACAUCUGGUUAUGUUAGACCCUCCGAGAAAUCAGGGAAACAAGAGUACAAGACCAACACAUCUGAUAAUAGUAAACACGAGGAAGGUAGUUCAGCAAUAAACAUGAGUGAGUUAAGUGGAGGAAAUGAUUUGACUGAUUUUGCAAGAAGUAUAAAUCGAGAAUUCAGCAAACAAGAAAACAAUGAUUCAGAAGAGGCACAGAAUGAAGGCUUAAUUACCAGUUUCUCUCAGGUGGAUUCAAGUUUCUUGGAAGCCUUACCAGAAGAUAUUAGGGAGGAGCUGCGGUCGGAUUUGGGACGCCAAAAACAAGCAGCAGUAUUAUCUUUCUCAACAACUGAAAAUAUGUCAAGAUCACCAGAUAAACAACAAAGACUUCAAGGGAUAGGCUCUGAGGACAUUAAAGAUAAAGGAUAUGCUGAGUAUGUUCAGCAGGGCUUCACCAUCCCAAGUCUGAGUGAUAGCACUGGUAGUGAUGCUGUGGUGGUGAAUGAUGAACCAAAGCCAAGCACAUCUGGUUAUGUUAGACCCUCCGAGAAACCAGGGAAACAAGAGUACAAGACCAACACAUCUGAUAAUAGUAAACACGAGGAAGGUAGUUCAGCAAUAAACAUGAGUGAGUUAAGUGGAGGAAAUGAUUUGACUGAUUUUGCAAGAAGUAUAAAUCAAGAAUUCAGCAAACAAGAAAACAAUGAUUCAGAAGAGGCACAGAAUGAAGGCUUAAUUACCAGUUUCUCUCAGGUGGAUUCAAGUUUCUUGGAAGCCUUACCAGAAGAUAUUAGGGAGGAGCUGCGGUCGGAUUUGGGACGCCAAAAACAAGCAGCAGUAUUAUCUUUCUCAACAACUGAAAAUAUGUCAAGAUCACCAGAUAAACAACAAAGACUUCAAGGGAUAGACCCAGUGCAUGGCAGAGGUGCUCUUAGAAGGAGAGGUCGGUGGAAAAAGACAGACCCUCGACGAGCUGAAGCUGAAGGAUUGACAACCCUCACCAGUAUCAUGACAAGACAACAGCCUGGAAAUUUAUCUACUCAAAGAGUCAUCUCUGGAGCUGAGAAAAAGAGGACUAAACAAAGCAAGUCCAAAAUACCAAGACGUGGAACCAACUCCUCCCCAUCAAAACAAAACAUUAAUAUGAUAAAAGGUCAUGUAACAUCUGGGAACAAAAAGGGUGAAGAAGAGCCAAUGACUGUGGCUUCAACAUCAAGAACAAGGAACACAGGAGAUACUCAGAGAGAAGUUGAUACUGAAGAAGUUCCUCACCUUUGUGGAGUGAAGGAGAUGUCUGAAGUUAAGUCAUUGAUCCGUGAGUGGGUGUUGUCAUGUUCACAUCCAGAGGUAGAAGAUGGAGAAAUCUUGGCACACUUCUACACAAGCCUCAUUAGUCACCAUGACCUUGAAAAGUUGGACCUCCUCAUCAAGUAUCUGUAUAGGCAAGUUCUUCGAAGACAGAACAAAUUCUGGGAGACAACAUAUCGAACUCUGAUUAGUCGAGUUCAGACUGUCAUGCUGGAACACCACCAUACUAAGCUGAAAGUUUUGAAUUUGUGAAGUGAUACCAGCAUGGUUUUUAAGUUAUUUUUGUGAGUUAAAAAGCCAUUCCAUUACUGUGAUCGUGUUUGUGUAAACUAAGACUUCAGAAAAAGAUAUUUAUUUAUUAAUUUAAGUAGGUGAUGCUGCCAGUAUAGUACUCUCUCUCAAUAAGGGUCUUCUCAGCACCAGACAUUCUCAAUGAUGGACGCCUUUUUGUCGGGUAUAAUUAGCGGAUCGAGGUAGUAAAAUCACUUGGUGUGGAGGGAUUAUCCACUAUUGGCAAGCUCGAAACUCUGAUUAGAUUGCAUCAAAAAACGUAAGAAAUUGAUCUGACCCAUGACACUGAUUUUAAUGAAGUAUGUCAAUGCAUGAAGGUGCCACAUUUUAUGUGCCUCGGUGUCAGUUAGCCUAGUAUAAAUCUGCCCGUGCGAGGAAGAGCGUCACUUUUGACGCUCCCUUAUCGUAUCUCAGGUAUGUAACGAGUGCCUCACUCUUACCAUUUUAAGUUAAUUUAACUUGGUUGAAUUUUGUUAAAUAUCUGUGUUCAUGUUUUGACAGUGAAAUUCUCAUGUACCAGGUAAGCAUUAACGUAGCUUAACCCUACGCCCUGGGCAAGGUGCCGCUGGUCGUACCCCCCACGUGGGGUAAAUCGAGAAAAAUCAACUUUUCCAAAAAUAAUGUUUAACUUUUUAAAUGAUGAAACAAUAAAAAAGAAAUAAGAAAAACUAUAUAUUGACCCUCUAGAAACUUCCCUGUGGCAGCAGUGUUGUUUUGACGGCUGACGCUCGUGGUCACUACGCACUUAGCGGCCAUUUUCUGCUUGUCUUUGUGUCCAGGAUGGCCAGUAAUGCAUAUAUUUACUGAUCAUAAUACUUUUUUCCGAUAAAUAAUUUAUUUUUAAUAUUUUAUUUGCAU